UUAAUUACUUGUUGUGAACGCUGGCUGAACGCAUCAAGACUGCUAGUAAAGUUGUGCGUCGUCCGACCUGACUAUAACACGUCGUCUGCGAAGCUUUUUAGCGGAAAUCGUCGCGUAUUCACAGAGAACAGCAGCAACAAAAUGCGCACUACUGUUUUACUCCUCGCUAUCGCGGCCGCAUGCAGUGGCUUCGUGCCCAAGAUUCCGAUGCCGAGCGCGGUGAAGCCGCUACGCGCCGAAACGACCGAGUCCGAGGCGCCGGCGGAGGCCGAGGCCCCCGCCGCCGCCGCGCCGGCCGAAGAGCCCGCCGCCCCCGCGCCCGCGCCGUCUUCGGCGGCCGCGUUCGACCCGAACAAGGUCUUCAAAGUCGACGAGUCCCCGCUCAUGGCCUACAUCUCGCGGUCGUGGAACAAGCUCGACGGCAGCGACACCGUCGAGGUCGAGGAGAUGCUCAAGGACCCCGCGACGGUCGCCACGAUCGACCGGCCCGACGAGCUCGGCGCCAACGCCCUGACGCUCGCCGCGUCGCUGAACGUGCCCAAGCCCGAGAUCAUCAAGGCGCUCCUGAAGGCCGGCGCGGACGUCAACGCCAAACUCGGCGAGGAGUGGUCCGAGAAGGACACGAGCGCCCUGUACCGGGCCGUCGAGGGCGAGUCCCUGGAGUGCGUCGAACUGAUCGUGGCCGCGGGCGCGGACCUCGACUACAUGAACGACCGCAAGGUCUUCACGGGCCUCGCGAAGAUGACGGCGCUGCAGCGGGCCGAGGACAUCGGCGCGAAGAAGAUCCGCGACUUCCUUAAGAGCAAGGGCGCGAAGAAGGAGAUGAAGGAGAAGCCGCUGAGCGGCGUCUGA